GGAGGCACUCUGUUCUGCAAUCCAGAGAUGUCCGCGUAUUUAUAGGAAUUGCAUGAAGCCAGAGUCAUGGUGGAUGUAGGGAAGUGGCCCAUCUUCACUCUGCUCUCACCGCAAGAAAUUGCAUCUAUUCGGAAAGCAUGUGUCUUUGGCACCUCAGCCAGUGAGGCACUGUAUGUUACCGACGAUGAUGAGGUCUUUGUAUUUGGACUAAACUAUAGUAACUGUCUAGGAACUGGAGAUAACCAGAGCACACUUACACCCAAAAAGCUAGAAGCCUUAUGUGGAAAGAAGAUCAAAAGCCUUAGCUAUGGCAGUGGGCCACAUGUUCUUCUCAGCACUGAAGAUGGAGUUGUUUACGCCUGGGGCCACAAUGGAUACAGCCAGCUUGGGAAUGGGACAACCAGCCAAGGCAUUGCUCCCAUCCAAGUCUGUACCAAUCUCUUGAUCAAGCAAGUGGUUGAAGUAGCUUGUGGCUCACAUCAUUCAGUGGCCUUGGCAGCAGAUGGAGAGGUAUUUGCUUGGGGCUAUAACAACUGUGGCCAGGUGGGAUCAGGAUCUACAGCAAAUCAACCAACUCCUCGCAAAGUUACAAACUGUUUACAUAUUAAGCGGGUGGUAGGCAUUGCCUGUGGUCAGACUUCAUCCAUGGCUGUUCUGGACAAUGGUCAGGUAUAUGGCUGGGGUUACAAUGGCAACGGUCAGCUAGGCUUGGGAAACAAUGUCAAUCAGCUGACCCCUGUGAGAGUGGCAGCUUUGCACAGCGUGUGUGUGAACCAGAUUGUCUGCGGCUAUGCACACACUCUAGCACUAACAGAUGAGGGCUUGCUGUAUGCCUGGGGAGCUAACACGUAUGGGCAGCUGGGAACUGGCCAUAAAAAUAACCUGCUAAGCCCAACACACAUCAUGGUGGAGAAAGAAAGGGUAGUAGAGAUUGCAGCCUGCCACUCUGCCCACACGUCUGCUGCCAAGACCCAGGGCGGGCACGUGUACAUGUGGGGCCAGUGCCGGGGCCAGUCUGUCAUCCUGCCUCACCUCACCCACCUCUCCUGCACCGACGACGUGUUUGCCUGCUUUGCCACUCCCGCGGUCUCCUGGCGCCUCCUGUCUGUAGAGCAUGAAGACUUUUUAACAGUUGCAGAGUCACUGAAAAAAGAAUUUGACAGUCCAGAAACUGCUGACCUAAAAUUUCGAAUUGAUGGGAAAUACAUCCAUGUCCAUAAAGCUGUUUUGAAAAUCAGGUACUCGUCAGAAAUGAAAGCGAUGCCCUGUCUGGGUGGCUCAGCUGGUUGGAGCAUCGUCCCAUACAUUAAAAGGUGUGAGCACUUUCGAUCCAUGUUCCAGUCGUAUUGGAAUGAGGAUGUGAAAGAAGUGAUAGAAAUAGACCAAUUCUCUUACCCAGUGUACCGUGCCUUUCUGCAGUUCCUCUACACAGACACAGUGGAGCUGCCACCUGAAGAUGCUAUAGGUCUUUUGGAUUUGGCAACAUCUUACUGUGAAAACAGACUGAAAAAGCUUUGUCAGCACAUUAUCAAGCGAGGAAUCACUGUGGAGAAUGCUUUUUCAUUAUUCUCUGCUGCGGUCAGAUACGAUGCAGAGGAUUUAGAAGAAUUCUGCUUUAAGUUUUGCAUCAAUCAUUUGACAGAAGUUACACAGACUGCAGCAUUUUGGCAAAUGGAUGGCCCUCUGCUAAAGGAAUUCAUUGCUAAAGCCAGUAAAUGUGGAGCCUUUAAGAACUGAAGCCAAGGCUGCUGGGUUUUGUGUGAGUGCUCUGGGCACUGGUGAUGGUGUGUCCUUGGUGCUCUGCGGGGGAUGUGAUUCUGCAGGUAAACCAUCAGGUGGUUC